AUGUCAGACGAUGAAGAUAUACCUCAACUCUCCGCCGAUACUCUCGCCGCUUUGUCCAACUUUCAGGCAGAGCAACAGCAAAAGAUCGAGGAGUUGAAGGCCGGAAAAAUCGAGAAAGUUGACGAGGAUUGGCAAUUGAGUCAGUUCUGGUACGACGAAGAAACGUCGCGAAAAUUGGUGACUGAAGGAGUCGCCGCCUCGUUAGCAAGCAGCGAACGGCCCGCCCGUAUUGCUUGUGUUUCCUCGCCAACUCUUGUGCAGUUUUUCCACGAGCGAAAGGUGAAAAAAGAGAAAUAUACACGGACCCAUUUGCUUGCAGGAGUAUAAAUCCGGAGACAUUCAGCUAUCUCUUUUCGAGUACGAUUCCCGAUUCGGCUUGAAGUUCCCUUCGGAAUUCGUCCAAUACGACUACAAAUAUCCGACAGCCAUUCCACCGGAGCUUGUCGGAAUUUUUGACGUUAUCAUCGCUGAUCCUCCGUUCUUGGCGGCCGAAUGUCUGAUCAAGACGGCGCAUUCGAUUCGUCUGCUCGGGAAGGAAAGCGUGAAAGUGAUACUCUGUACGGGAGCGAUCAUGGAAGACUAUGUAGGUGAUAUUUUAUUUGACCACUGAAUAUCAAUUUUAAUAUCCCCCUUCAACUUUUUCGAAGUCUAUAGCGGUUGCCAUGAUAACCAUUUCUCUGUCUUCUCUCUACUUUGCGCCCACUAAUCCACACCCUCUCCAUCCUUUCUCAAUUAUUAGCCGGAUUUCCAACUGAUAAUCUGUUUCAGGCGGCUCGGCUGUUGGCAAUGCACCGGACGAGUUUCGAGCCAAAACACGCAAACAACUUGGCGAACGACUUUUCAUGCUUCGCCAAUUAUCCAACAAUAACUUUGUGAUAUUCAAAUUUUCGCAUUUUUGUUCUCUCUUGUUCUUGCUCGCUGUUUCUCAUCUUUUUCAAAACUUUGCAAAAUACGUUUCAACUUUCAAUCUUCACUUUUCCGUUCCAUUUUGUUGACAAAUUUCGUGUUUGCAUCACGUGCUUAUCUCUGCUCAAAACCGAAAAAUAUUUAUAAAUCCGGGACCGCAUUUUCAGAGAUUCUUGAUCGACUGAAACCGAUGUGAACUCUGGUCUCUCCGGACUCACCGACCACUAUUUUCUACCCAGGCUUUCUCACCUAUUACUGUAAGUUUUUUUUCGAAUUUUGAGUCACGUUAUUUAAUCAAAUUACUUUUCAGUGUAUACUGUGUAUACUCUGGUCACUGCGUGAUCCAACUUUUAUCUUCGAGUUAUGGCUCCGACGGGUCAAGGCGGACAAUGGCAAGAAGUUCUGUGCUGCACUGUCUGUACUCGAGUAAGCACGCAAUUUCCGAAAAAAAGUUCAAUUCACGUUUGUAGCACUUCAAUGAGAUCUACCUGCCGGUUAGUCUCAUCUGCGGCCACGUUAUCUGCUGCAAAUGCGCUGAAAAGCCAGAGAGCCAAACGAAGCCGUGCCCCCAUGACGACUGGAAAGUGACGAUUUCGCCGAAAGAGUACCCCACGAACGUGGCACUUUUGUCCGUCAUCUUCCCUCGAAAACCCUGCAUUUCCUUCUCCGGCGCCAAAACAGACGAUGAAAAACGAAUCGAUCAGCUGGCGAUUCGUAUUUCUCAAUUCUUCCGUGAGGCUGACUCCGAACGCGGUGGUACCGUUUCGAGUAGAGACAUCUCUAGAACUCUACAAAAGAAAGUUCUCGCGUUGCUAUGUUAUCAGUGGGCCGAGCCUGACGGCAGAAUGAAGAUGCUUAAAAUGAGUCGGGGAAUUUGUGAGCGAGUGAUGAUAGAGAUCAUUCUCUCGAUCCAGAGCAACACUCAUGUCAGCAGCCAACUGUGGUCGGCCGUCCGAUCCCGUGGUUGUCAGUUCCUCGGUCCGGCGAUGCAGGACGAUGUGCUCCGGCUAAUUCUGAUGACUCUGGAAACUGGAGAGUGUAUAGCCAGGAAGAAUCUUGUCAUGUACGUGGUGCAAACGCUCGGAUCAGACUAUCCACAAGUCUCGAAGACAUGCGUCGGCCACGUGGUUCAGUUGCUCUACAGAGCUUCGUGCUUCAAUGUGCUCAAACGAGACGGCGAGUCUUCUCUGAUGCAGCUGAAGGAUGAGUUCAGAACGUACGAGGCGCUCCGCCGAGAGCAUGACUCGCAGAUUGUACAAAUUGCAUUCGAAUCGGGACUCAGAAUAGGGCCGGAUCAAUGGUCGGCCCUUCUGUACGCUGAUCAGAGUCAUCGUUCGCACAUGCAAUCCAUCAUUGACAAACUGCAGUCCCGUAACUCCAUUGUGCAAGGAAUUGACGAGCUACGUGCAUUGGCCGGUUCGACCACUUCCAACCUCGUUCCCGCCUAUCGAUACUUCCUCGGUCAGGUCAUUCCAUGCCUUGAGUUUUUCAUCAACCCGGAUUAUGAAGAAGCGACAGAAAGUAUGGUGGCCAAGAGCUUGGAACAAGUGCGCUUGCUCCUCAAACUCCACUGCUCGCAGGAUGAGCUUCGAAAAAAUCCCCGAGAAGAUCGGAGGGUAGUGCUGCCUCCAGGGAUGGGUCUUCCGCAAAUGUAUCCGGCUCCUCCGAUCAUUGAUCCACCGAGACGGAACAGAACGAGAACCAUACCGUACAAGGCCAAUCUACUCUAUGAAGUUGAUGAACAACCCACUGAUCCUGUUAAAUCGCAAGUACCGGUGAAUUCUCAAAAGACUUCUUCUCAUCCGAAUCCUUCGCCUCCGCAACCUCCGCAAACUCCCCAACAACAGCAGCCACAGCAGCAGGCCGUUCUUCCUCCGCAGCAGUUUACUCCUCGUCAGAAGCGUUAUCAGAUGGGGAUUCCACCGCAGCGGGUAGGAUACCUGCCACCGCAGCAUCAGUACCCAGUCCCUCCGAACUUUUAUCCGAUGCAACCUCCACCAAUGCAUCAACAGAGGUUCAAAGGAAGACGCGGUCCUCCACGCGGGGCUCCGAUGCCGAUGUUCGUUGGAUUUGCCCCGGACAUGGGAAUGAUGCCGUCAGGCCCACCACCACCACUUAUGCCAGUUGGAGAUGAUUCUUCGGCUCCGCGACAAGUUAUGAUCAUGCAAUCUCCGACACAUAUGUCCGGCGCUCCUGUUGUCAUGGUUUGGAAAACAGGUAGAGGGAAACUCUAAAAGUCAAUUGUUCCAGAUUCCGCAACAAGCAAUGGGUCCUCCACCGAGUGUUACGCCCGUUCCGAUGGGCUCCAUGACACCUCAGCUUCCGGUUCAAUGGACGACGACGUCUCCGACUGGAAGUGUCAUUUACCCCGCCUCCUCUCCACCAGGACAAGCGGCACCCGCAUUUUGGAUUCAAUCGUAAGCUACUUUUGAACUUUCUUCGCAUCAAAAAAAAUUUCAGAACUGAAGGCAUGUUUCCGAUGUUCGAUAGCGGUGGUUUGAUCUGGGGGCCGACCACGAUGCUACGGGAAAGUGGAGCCGAUGCCGAGCAGCUGUUGGCCAAGAGGCACGAGAUCUUAAAGCGCUUGCAUCCGUCGGAGGAUGAUGACGAUGGCCCUGAAGAUGGAGGCAUCGGGCAUGUCUCUUAUACGGUGGCUUCUUCUGUGUUGGACGAUAGAAUGGAUCACCAUCCGAUGGCAAUGAUGCCUGUCCCAACUAUCGAUCUGCCGGCAAUUCCAAUCAAUUUCUCCAACAUUCCGACCGACGAGACGAUGACGAUGAUCGGAGAAAUGGUGCAGAACCGUCCGCGCGCGCCGUCGAUCACUGGCUCCACAGCUGGAACGUCGACUGUGGUUCCGGCUACGGUGCAGUCGGAAUGCGGUACGAUGAGUGUGACGGAUAGUAUCUGUCAACCGAUUGUCACCCCUGCUAUUCAAACCUGUGCGUACUGUGUUUGUGCUACACUCUCUAACAUCUUUUAAGAACAUCUUCUUUCCCCUGAUCUAAAUUAAAUUUUCAAUGUUUUGCUAACUUCUUCUAAUUCCCCAUACUUUCUUAGCUUAUCCAAAUUACAGUCUUAUAAAAAUAUUCUCAAAUUUCAGCUGCCACAGUACCUCCAAAUGCUAUUCCGAUGGUUCAAGCAGUUCCAGUGGUGCCAGUGGUUCAACCGGAGACCUUCAACCCGUCGGUUCCUCCGCCACAACCAGGACAGCCGAUGCUCGUCGACUCGGCCACCGGACUGCUCACCCCGAUGCGUCCGAUUCUUGUGGCUUAUCCGCAGAACGUCGUGUCAAACUCGCUCGACAAGAUUGUGGAUGUGAAGGAGAGAUUGAGUGAAGCGCAGGGUAAUCACGACUUUUAAAUUUUUAAUUCAUCAUCUCAAACCAUUCAGGCUGUGCUUCUGAAGCCGAGAACGCUCAUUUGCGAAUGGAGCUGCGGAUGGCGGAAAGCGAGAUGGCUCACCUGGAUCCGUACACCAAAAACAACUGCUUGCUCCGCGAGCUCCAGCAGGUCGAUCGAGAGCUCCAGCAGCUCCAGAUCGAGCCCAUCCGGCAGUAG